UGUUGAUAUAAAAAGGCAAUCUGGAUUUGAAAAUCGUACCAGCAAGUAUGUAAUGAAAGAUAAUUCAAAUUGUUUUCAUAUUGUUGAGCUUGAAGACAAGAAGAAAAUUACUAAAGAGUUAGAAGGAGACUACGAUCCGUACAAGCACCGGAAAGUUCAACACCCAACCACAUUUUGGGAAACACUGUUCCAUUUACUGAAGGGUAGUUUAGGAACAGGAAUUUUGGCGAUGCCAAAGGCGUUCGAGAACGCGGGUUACAUGAUAGGCGUAAUUGGGACGAUAACUAUCGGUUUACUAUCAACUUAUUGCAUACGUGCUUUGAUUAAAUCAGAAUUUGAAAUAUGUAAAAGAAGAAAAAUUCCAUCAAUGACUUAUCCCAAAACGAUGGAAGCUUCUUUAGAAGAAGGGCCGCAGUGCUUCAGACGAUUUGCGAAAUAUUGUCCUCAUAUUACAAAUACUUUUCUGCUGGUUUAUCAAUUGGGUACCUGUUGCGUUUAUACUGUAUUUAUCGCCGAGAAUCUUAAAAAGGCUUUAGAUAAUUUUGUUACAUCUAUAGAUGUAAGGAUAUACAUGGCAGCCCUUCUUUUACCGUUAAUUCUGAUAAAUUGGGUUCGAAAUUUAAAAUUACUCGCUCCAUUGUCAACAAUUGCGAAUGGAAUUACUUUUAUCAGCUUUAGUAUAAUAUUAUAUUAUCUAUUUCGAGAUCCUAUAAGUUUUGAAGGAAAAGAUAAGGUAGGGGAAAUGUCAAAUUUUCCCCUUUUUUUGGGUACUGUACUCUUUGCACUCGAAGCCAUUGGUGUGAUAAUGCCUUUGGAGAAUGAGAUGAAGAACCCGAAAUCCUUUAUAAGUAAUUUUGGAAUCUUAAACAUUGGCAUGGGUAUUAACAUUGUUUUAUACGUUAGUAUGGGACUAUUUGGUUAUAUUUGGCAUGGAAAGGGAGUGGAUGGUACUAUUACGAAAAACUUACCCGAAGGUGAAAUUUUGUCAACUGUUGUACAGAUACUUUUGGCUAUCUCAAUUUUUAUUACUCAUUCACUCCAAUGUUAUGUCGCCAUUGACAUAUCAUGGAACGAAUACAUUCAACCUAAAAUAAAGCAUAUGUCAGCUACAGUUCAAUUACUAGUUGAGUACGUCGUUAGAACGGUCAUUGUAAUCAUCACCUUUAUACUUUCGAUUUCAAUCCCGGAACUGGAGCUUUUUAUUUCAUUGUUUGGUGCACUAUGUUUAUCGGCACUCGGUAUUUCAUUCCCAGCUCUCAUCCAAACUUGUGCCUUUUGGAAGGUAAGAACGCACCGUGAAAGAAUUUUUCUAGCAACAAAGAAUUUUGCCGUCAUCAUGUUUGGAUUUCUUGGACUUAUUAUUGGGACCUACACAAGUCUCGAGAAGAUCAUACAUAAGUUCACAAGCAACUAAUAUUUAAAAUUUAGCCACUAAUCUAUUCAAACUGAUUAUUAAAUUAAAAUAAUUAU